GUAUAAUCCAAAAAAAAAUCAUAAUCGAAUAAAAGAUAUCGAUCUUUCUACUGUGUAAAUAUAAAUCUCGAGGAGUAAUCGAUUGGUUCACUCGACUCUUAAUCCCGAAAUAAUGCGGUGGUGUUUCGUCGACGACUACGAUGAGAACAACAUCGAGGGCUUCAAUCUAGCCGAUCUGACCCUGGACCAAUUCUACCUAAACCUGAAUAUCGACAACAAAUCCAUAGCGGAAGAUGUUUACUUAUACACCUUAAACAAGGAAUGCUACAAGUGUCCCUAUGUGAGAACGCCUUACUGCAACGGUUCUAUUAGAAAUUGCGAUGGGAAAAACGUUUUCAAAACCGCCCAAACUUUCCGACUCUCCACCGUGCAUAAAGAAUAUUUUCCUCAAGAGGAUCGUGAUGGGGUGAUAUGCGAUAUCAAAGGACCUUUCGGGCAAUUCGGCGUUUACAAUGUGGACGUGAAUAAGUCGGGGUGCUUUGUAGAUACCCUCAAAGAACCGGUCAAUAUUUAUUCCCCGAUAAUUACCGUGUUUUUGAUAUACCUGGCGUCGUUCCUGCUGAUUUUGGGCUCGAUUUGCUGCUGGAAGAGGUACAAAUCGCGUCCGAAAGUUGCCCAGAAGACCGAGGAAGUCCCGAAGAAGGGAAGAAUCCGGUGUUUGGACGUCUACAGAGGUUUGGCUACAGUGGUUAUGGUGUUCGUGAAUUACGGUCAAGGCGGCUACGACGUGCUGGAGCAUGCGCAUUGGAACGGUUUACACCUGGCCGAUUUGGUGUUUCCGAGUUUCCUGUGGAUUAUGGGCGCUUGCAUUCCCCUGGGGUUGGCGACCCAUUUCAAAAAAGGCACUUCCAAUAAAGAUAUCAUCCUUCCAGCAGUCAAAAGGUUUCUAAAACUCUUCAUUAUUGGAGUGUUUGUUGGCGGAGGAGCCGAUUUGGACUACCUACGUAUUAUGGGCAUCCUCCAAAGAUUGGGAAUCGCCUCUUGCGCUGUCACCAUAAUAAUGGUCUUCACCAUGGAUAGAUCACCAUGUGAUAACACCAAUGGGUUCUUCAAGGAUAUACUGAAAUUGUGGAAAGGCUGGAUGGUGGUGAUCGCCAUGUUGUUGUUACAUACAGUGAUAGUUUUUGGCGUGAAACCUCCUGGAUGUCCCAGAGGUUACUUGGGACCUGGGGGUUUGCACGAAAAUCGCUCGUACGUGGACUGCGUCGGAGGAGCCACCGGUUACAUAGACGGUCUAAUCCUGGGGAAACAUCGUUACCAAAAUCCCACCACCUCCAUCAUCUACGAGUCUAAAGCGUACGAUCCUGAAGGAUUAGUGGGUUGUUUGUCGACGGUUUUCCAUUGCUUCAUAGGCGCCCAAGCCGGCGUGACUUUGUUGUGCUACAAAGGCCACUACCACCGCCUGAUCCGCUGGCUGUCUUGGGCUCUAAUCGCCGGCAUCGUCGGCGGGGCUUUAUGCGGCUUCAGCAAAGAGGACGGAAUCAUCCCAGUCAAUAAAAAUCUCUGGUCGCUGUCGUUCGUCAUGGCCACCGCGAGCUUCUCCUUCUUCGCCACCAGCAUCUUCUACGUGCUGAUCGACAUGCGGAAAUGGUGGUCGGGGGCGCCGCUGAUUUUCGCCGGAAUGAACACGAUCUUGAUAUACGCUGGCCACGAGAUGACCGACCAGCAUUUCCCGUUGCGCUGGUACCUGCACAACUACAGCCGCGCCACCGGCGACCCCAGGAGGACCCAUUUCCUGGCCUUGAUGUCCGACGUUUGGUCGGCGCAAAUGUGGACCCUCAUCGGCUACUAUUUGUACAAAAUAAAGUUCUUUUUUACCGUGUAGGAGUUAGUUUCAAAUAUAUUU